AGUUCGGGUCCAUAUGACACUUCGUGACAUAUUCCACAUGACUUCCAGAGUGCCGGCUGUCGCAGAAUGUAACCAAGACCAAUGCGUCAUAGUCUCUCUUUCCCUCUAGCACCCCGAAAGAGAGGACCAACCGGCUGAGGCUGGGGAUAUAAAGAAUCGCAAUCAUGGUGAAUUUUACAGUAGACCAGAUCCGUGCGAUCAUGGACAAGAAGUCCAACAUCAGGAACAUGUCUGUGAUCGCCCACGUGGACCAUGGGAAGUCCACUCUCACAGACUCCCUGGUGUGCAAGGCUGGCAUCAUCGCCGGCGCCCGGGCUGGCGAGACGCGUUUCACAGACACCAGGAAAGACGAGCAGGAGAGGUGCAUCACCAUCAAGUCAACAGCCAUCUCUCUGUACUAUGAACUGGCUGAGAAUGACUUGGCCUUCAUCAAACAGUGCAAGGAUGGCUCUGGCUUCCUCAUUAACCUCAUAGACUCUCCCGGUCACGUGGACUUCUCCUCCGAGGUGACAGCUGCUCUCCGCGUCACUGACGGGGCACUAGUUGUAGUAGACUGCGUCUCAGGUGUGUGUGUUCAGACUGAGACCGUGCUGCGACAGGCCAUCGCAGAGAGGAUAAAGCCUGUUCUGAUGAUGAACAAGAUGGACCGGGCGUUGCUGGAGCUGCAGCUGAAACCCGACGCACUUUUUGCCACCUUCCAGCGCAUCGUAGAGAACGUCAACGUCAUCAUCGCCACCUACGGAGAAGACGAGGGCGGACCCAUGGGCAGCAUCAUGGUGGACCCAAUGGUGGGCACAGUGGGUUUUGGCUCGGGCCUCCACGGCUGGGCCUUCACUCUGAAGCAGUUUGCUGAGAUGUACGUGGCCAAGUUCACAGCCAAGGGAGACCAAAAAACAGAGAUGAACCCAGAGGAGCGCUGCAAGAAGGUGGAGGACAUGAUGAAGAAACUGUGGGGAGAAAAGUUCUUCGACCCUUCAUGUGGCAAGUUCAGCAAAUCAGCCACCAACGCGGCGGGGGAAAAGCUCCCACGUACAUUCUGCCAACUCGUCCUGGAUCCCAUCUUUAAGGUGUUCGAUGCCAUCAUGAAUUUUAACAAAGAGACGGCCGACAAGCUGAUUAAGAAACUGGAUGUGAAGCUAGAUGCUGACGACAAGGAGAAGGAGGGGAAACCACUGCUGAAGGCGGUGAUGCGCCGCUGGCUGCCAGCAGGGGACGCUCUGCUUCAGAUGAUCACCAUCCACCUGCCCUCCCCCGUUACGGCUCAGAGGUACCGCUGUGAGCUGCUCUACGAGGGGCCUGGCGACGACGAGGCCGCUAUGGGCAUUAAGAACUGCGACCCCAAAGCUCCCUUGAUGAUGUACAUUUCCAAGAUGGUGCCCACCAGCGACAAGGGUCGUUUCUACGCCUUCGGCCGUGUGUUCUCCGGUAUGGUGGCCACGGGGCAGAAGGUUCGCAUCAUGGGACCCAACUACACUCCUGGGAAGAAGGAGGACCUGUAUCUAAAACCCAUCCAGAGGACCAUUCUGAUGAUGGGCCGCUACACAGAGCCCAUUGAGGAUGUGCCCUGCGGCAACAUCGUGGGUCUGGUGGGAGUGGAUCAGUUCCUGGUGAAGACCGGGACCAUCUCCACCUACGAGCACGCCCACAACCUGAGGGUGAUGAAGUUCAGCGUCAGUCCCGUGGUCAGGGUGGCGGUGGAGUGCAAGAACCCUGCUGACCUGCCCAAGCUGGUGGAGGGUCUCAAACGCCUGGCCAAGUCUGACCCCAUGGUCCAGUGCAUCAUUGAGGAGUCUGGAGAACACAUCGUAGCUGGAGCUGGGGAGCUGCAUCUGGAGAUCUGCCUGAAGGAUCUAGAGGAGGACCACGCUGGUAUCCCCUUAAAGAAAUCUGACCCUGUGGUGUCUUACCGCGAGACCGUGGCCGAGGAUUCAGACCAGGUCUGCCUGUCCAAGUCCCCUAACAAACACAACCGUCUGUACAUGAAGGCCCGGCCCUUCCAGGAUGGUCUGGCGGAGGAUAUCGAUAAGGGGGACGUGAGCUCCAGACAGGAACUGAAGACGAGGGCUCGCUACCUGACCGAGAAGUACGAGUGGGAGGUGACAGAGGCCCGCAAGAUCUGGUGUUUCGGCCCCGACGGGACGGGACCCAACAUCCUGACGGACGUCACCAAGGGAGUGCAGUACCUCAGUGAGAUCAAGGACAGCGUGGUGGCAGGGUUCCAGUGGGCCUCCAAGGAGGGUGUCCUGUGUGAGGAGAACAUGAGGGGGAUACGUUUCGACGUCCAUGAUGUCACGCUGCAUGCGGACGCCAUCCACAGAGGGGGCGGGCAGAUCAUCCCCACGGCACGCCGAGUCAUCUACGCCUCUCAGCUCACAGCUCAGCCACGACUUAUGGAGCCAGUCUACCUGGUCGAGAUCCAGUGUCCGGAGCACGUUGUCGGAGGGAUCUACGGUGUGCUGAACAGAAAGAGAGGCAUGGUAUUUGAGGAGUCCCAGGUCGCUGGAACACCCAUCUUCAUCGUGAAGGCUUUCCUUCCGGUCAAUGAAUCAUUUGGUUUCACAGCGGACCUGAGGUCCAACACAGGUGGCCAGGCCUUCCCCCAGUGUGUGUUCGACCACUGGCAGAUCCUGCCCGGGGACCCCUUCGACGAGACCAGUCGACCAUGGCAAGUAGUGGCAGACACCCGCAAACGCAAAGGCCUCAAAGAAGGCAUCCCUGCCCUGGACAACUUCCUGGAUAAACUGUGAUCAACUGUGAUUGGACUGGAGCUUCCUAGUGCAAUUUAAUGAUCAUAGCACCCUAAUGUGGAAAUGUAAAAAAAUUAAAACAGAACCAAACCACAAUAAUAAUAACAACAAUGCACUGUAUUAUAACUAAAAAAAAGGUAAUAAAAAAAGAUGCCCCUUUAUUGUUUUAAGUCUGAGAUCCUGAAAGCAAAUAAAAAAAUGAGCAUCUU